CCUUCUUUUCUUUCUCCCUUUCUCCCUCCGUUUCUUUUAUUCACAGAAACUCAGCAAAAAAACCCUAGCACUGUAAGCCUACACCACCACCGCCGCAAGGAGUGGCAUACUGCCGCCGUCCGUCCGUCUAUCUAGCUUCCCUCGUGCUCCAAGUCUUCAACCCCCGUUCGCUGUCACCGAUCGCAGCUGCUUCCUCGAGCUCGGCGUCCGUCGUCUUUGUCUGCUCAGCCGCGCUUCCGCCGCCGUUGGUUGCCGUUAACGUUCGCGCCUUCGUUCAGCCGUCGUCGUCAUUCGCGUUCUUCGCCGUUCAAGUUUGCUCGGCGUUCACCGUUCGCGUUCACUCGCCGUUCACCGUUCGGGUUCGCGUUCGUCCGGAAGCCACGUUGCCCUGCUUCAAACUCUGCGACCAACCCGUGCGCUCCACCUAGCCGUCGAACUGCUCUCUUUUGUCGCCGCCCGCUAUGAACCUAUGCGGUCAUUAUAACGGCACAUUCGCUGCGGCUUCUGUGAAAGCAUCUCAUUGCCAAUCUCACUUGUUGCCGUGUCGAAUUGGAUUCGCGGCGUCUGUAGCUGCGGCAGUUCCAAUUUCGUGCUGUGGCGCAAGGAGAGGUUCUGGCAAUAGGCCUGCAUUUACUGUGAGCUGUUGCAAGGCAGCAACAGGGAGAGAUGUUUUGGUUGAGGAGAACGACGUCGUUUCGGAAACAGAGAGGAGUUACACUUGUGUCAUGAAGUUUGGUGGCUCCUCGGUUGCCAGUGCUGAGAGGAUGAGAGAAGUUGCCAACCUCAUAAUUAGUUUUCCAGAGGAGAGGCCUGUGAUUGUUCUAUCUGCAAUGGGAAAGACAACUAACUUGCUUUUAUUGGCUGGAGAAAAAGCUGUAAGUUGCGGUGUUUCUAAUGUUGAUAACAUUGAGGAGCUUAGCACUAUAAAAGAUCUGCAUCUCAGGACUGUGGAUGAGCUCGGAGUAGACAGAAAUGUUAUUGCAAAGCAUCUUGAAGAAUUGGAACAACUUUUGAAGGGAGUGGCUAUGAUGAAAGAGUUAACUCGACGGACUCAAGACUAUUUAGUUUCAUUUGGAGAGUGCAUGUCCACUAGGAUCUUUGCUGCAUAUCUUAAUAAAUUGGGUAUUAAGGCCCGCCAAUAUGAUGCCUUUGAGAUGGGAAUUAUAACAACUGAUGACUUCACAAAUGCGGACAUUUUGGAAGCAACUUACCCUGCUGUUGCAAAGAGGUUACAUGGUGAUUGGGUCUCGGAUCCCGCAAUUCCAAUUGUUACGGGCUUCCUUGGAAAGGCCCGGAAAUCAUGUGCAGUUACAACAUUGGGUAGAGGGGGUAGUGACUUGACAGCUACAACAAUUGGGAGAGCACUUGGGUUGCCAGAAAUCCAGGUAUGGAAAGAUGUUGAUGGCGUUCUAACCUCGGAUCCAAAUAUAUGCCCACAAGCUGAACCGGUUCCAUGUUUGACAUUUGACGAGGCUGCUGAACUUGCAUAUUUUGGUGCUCAGGUCUUACAUCCGCAGUCUAUGAGACCUGCUAGAGAAGGUGAUAUUCCAGUAAGGGUUAAAAAUUCUUACAACCCCAAAGCUCCGGGUACUCUCAUCACUAAAGCAAGAGAUAUGAGCAAGGCAGUCUUAACUAGCAUUGUUUUGAAACGUAAUGUGACCAUGUUGGAUAUUGUUAGCACUCGCAUGCUUGGUCAGUAUGGGUUCCUUGCUAAGGUGUUUUCAACCUUUGAAGACCUGGGCAUAUCUGUUGAUGUUGUAGCUACAAGUGAAGUCAGUAUUUCUUUGACGUUGGACCCGUCAAAGCUUUGGAGCAGAGAACUAAUUCAACAGUCCCUUAAGCAGGAACUAGACUAUGUUGUUGAAGAGCUGGAAAAAAUUGCUGUGGUGAAUCUCCUACAAAAUAGAUCCAUAAUCUCUCUCAUUGGAAACGUUCAGAAAUCAUCACUAAUAUUGGAGAAGGCCUUCCGUGUUCUUCGAACCCUUGGCGUCAAUGUUCAAAUGAUCUCUCAGGGUGCAUCUAAGGUGAAUAUCUCGUUAAUAGUAAAUGACAGUGAAGCAGAACAGUGUGUAAGGGCUCUCCACAAAACCUUCUUUGAUAGUGAGCCUUCCCAGUUAGAAAAUGAAUGCAUACAAGGGAAUGGCUCUCAUCCUGCAAUAUCAUAGGGGAAUAGCAUACUUAAACGAGCAGCAUAUACGGGAAUGGUUCUGUUCCUGUAUAAUAUAUGGGAUUACUCCCAAAUUUUGUUUGGAUGAAUUGGGCACGUUUGGUUUAGGAUUUUUGGCGACUAUUUUUUAGAAGCAGAAGAUAAAGCAAGAGGAGCGUUAAGUUAUUUUGUACUUUGAUAUUAUUGUAUUGUAUGAGUACUUUUUAUUAAAUUUUGAACGUUAAAUUGUUUGGUUGUAAUAAAUAUAGUAGUAGUUUUUCACUUUUUCUCAUAAAAAUACAAUUAAGUAUAUGGAGUGAGAGAUAUAGAGAGUGUGAAAAUGAGUGUAAAGGGAGGGACAUUUUUAAAAACUUUUCAAAGAUAAAAUUGUAAUUGAGAACAAAGAAGUGGUUACAAAA